AUGUGUUAAAAUGGGUCAUGAUCACGGUGGUACAGACUCCCUGGGAUCAGGUAACUCGGAAGAUUACUCGCAUGGACUGCAGCUGUCUGGAGUAUACUGGGAAACUGGUCACAGAACAUAUGUGCCCUUCUGGUCGAAAUUAGUCGUCAAGUUCACACCGAAGAUCAUCGACGAUCAGUUGAGAAGACUGCUAGGCCACGCAUUACCCGUGGCUUACGAACCCUUUGUCUUCUACGGCCACUCGGGGUACUUCCGCAGCUACCUGGGAGAUCCAGACGUUAGCACCGUUCACGCAUUGCGCAGGCGCACUAAUUUCUCAUUCUAUCCAACUGGUGGCAGAACACUAGGACAACUAGAAAGUAAAUUGCAAUCGCUAGGUGACUAUCACCACGAACUACACGAAAAGGUAUUCAGGGAAGUAUUGCAUUCUGCAAAACAGUUGGAUAUGUCUCGUUAACAUAGGUACAUUGU